CACGACAGGGGCGCACGAGCUCGGCCCCUCACUUGCCAGAGGCCGUGGAGAGGAGCAAAGGGGACGAGGGAUCCAAAUCCGGGCUCCUGCUUCACCUCUGGGAUAGACACGGGACCCCCUAACUUCUGUAGCCUUUCCCGAGACGCGCACCCGCGGCAUCGUGCGCUCUAGCCCAGCACACUCGCGCGCGGCACCAGCGCGCCUGGCGCCAGGUCCGGCUAGAGGCGAUGCGUGCAGGGGGCCGGGCAGCCGGGUUCGGGCGGCGGGAGUAGGGCCCCGCGGGCAGGCAAGGAGGCAGCGGGGUUAGAGCCCCGGCUGCGCGGCGGGCAGAGGCCACCUUCGCUCCACGCCACACCUGCCGCCGCCGCCGCCGCCGCGCCGCGAUGAGCCGCGUGGUCUCGCUGUUGCUGGGCGCCGCGCUGCUCUGCGGCCACGGAGCCUUCUGCCGCCGGGUGCUCAGCGGCCAAAAGGUAUGUUUUGCUGAUUUCAAGCAUCCCUGCUACAAGAUGGCCUACUUCCAUGAGCUCUCCAGCCGAGUGAGCUUUCAGGAGGCACGCCUGGCUUGUGAGAGUGAGGGGGGAGCCCUUCUCAGCCUGGAGAAUGAAGCAGAACAGAAGUUAAUAGAAAGCAUGUUGCAAAACCUGACAAAGCCUGGAACAGGGAUUUCUGAUGGUGAUUUCUGGAUAGGGCUUUGGAGAAAUGGAGAGGGGCAAACAUCUGGUGCCUGCCCAGAUCUCUACCAGUGGUCUGAUGGAAGCAGUUCACAGUACCGAAACUGGUACACUGAUGAACCUUCCUGUGGCAGUGAAAAAUGUGUUGUGAUGUACCAUCAGCCAACAGCCAAUCCUGGCCUUGGGGGUCCCUACCUUUACCAGUGGAAUGAUGACAGGUGCAACAUGAAGCACAAUUACAUCUGCAAGUAUGAACCAGAGAUUAAUCCAACAGCUCCAGUAGAAAAGACUUAUUUUACAAAUCAACCUGGAGACACUCAUCAAAAUGUGGUUGUUACUGAGGCAGGAAUAAUUCCCAAUCUAAUCUAUGUUGUUAUACCAACGAUCCCAUUGCUCUUACUGAUACUGGUUGCUUUUGGAACUUGCUGUUUCCAGAUGCUGCAUAAAAGUAAAGGAAGAACAAAAACUAGCCCAAACCAGUCCACACUGUGGAUUUCAAAAAGCACGAGGAAAGAAAGUGGCAUGGAAGUAUAAUAAUUCAUUGGCUUGGCUCCAGAAAAGAAAAUAGAGUUUUGUAAUUCGGGAUCUGUUUAAGGAAUAGCAUCAGAACAUUAGCUUGGAAUGGCUUGAAAUUUCAAAGGAUGUGCAAGAUGAACUGUAAGCUCCCCCUUGAGGCAAAUAUCAAAAUAAUUUUUAUAUGUUUAUUAUUUCAUUUAUAAAAUAGCGCUGUGCUAAUAAUGGAGUGAGACAUGCUUAUUUUGUUAAAGGAUACACCCAAACUUCAAGUAAAUGCGAUGGACCAUGCAGAUGACAUUGCUAUGAACACAUCAGAGAAGUAUGCGCAUUGGAAGCAGUUAUUUUGUCUCUUUCACCUUUCAUAAGUUGUAAUCUACUUAAUGUCAUGUAAAUUGUAUUGAAAUUUACAGUGUGCAAAAUAUUUUUCCCUUACAUAAGUGUUUGAUAAAAAUGAACCGUUCUAGUAUUUAUUUUUAUGGUGUUUCAUUUUUCAAUACAUGCUGUUUUGAUUAAAGAAAUCUAUCACUGUUGUCAACUGAAUUCACACUCACAUCAAUAUAUUACCAUAGAAAAAGUUUCUUUUCUAGAAAUGGCUCAUCUUCUUUUAGUUUUUCUGCUUUGGGUCAGAGUAUGUUUAGGAAAUCUCUUCAGAAAUAAGAAGUUGUUUCAUUAACCGUGGUAUAAAUCUACUCAAAUAUUUUACUUAGAGGCAAAAAUUGUCUAAUUUCAAUUGUGCAAGACAUGUGCCUUACAAUUAUUUUGAAUUUAAAAUUCAGCAGAUUUUGUAAUAACUUUGUUAAUAGCUGUAUAAACAAUAAUAUACUCAAUCUAGAACAAAAAAAGUGGCAUACACAAUAUGAAACAUAUGUCUUAACACGUUGCCUAUAUAACCACAAGUAGCUCUCUGAGGGUUCUGGAAUCGAUUUGGUCCCUCCCCUGGCAAUAGAGCAAAGAUGGUUGUUUGGGGUCUGGGAUUGACCCUGGAGGCAGAUACCUGCAUAGUUUGACUAAGGUUUUUCCUAGCUCUGUUUAGCCUCUAUCAGCAUAUAAAAGAGUUUUACAGUUGGUACCAGUUGAGUGGUCACCACUAGUGUGGAGUUAAGCACAGCACAUUGACAUUUCUGCAAGGAAAGAAACUGAAUUAACGUGAAAAUGGGUUGGAGGGCAUCAGUGAUCACAUGUUCAUUGUCCAGUGUUUGGCUGGGAGAGUUUUAACUGGGGCUCCUCUGUCCUACCGUCUAGUUUCUUCAAUGCUUGUGGCUCCUUCUUCUUCUCGAGAGAGUUGUAACGAUCUGGUCUUCAAAUGUCUCUGUGCUCCUUUUAACCAAAUAAAAAGUUCUUGUUUCUGAA